CUCUCGCAACCUGUUGCUACAGAGGAUUUAUACAAUUUGUAUUGUUUUCCUCCCUUGUUUUAAUCUGGAGCGAAUAAUGGUGACAAAUUUGCAAUGUGACGAUUUAAAUGGUAUUCAGUAGUUAUUAGGAACAUGUAAAGUCCAUUGCUUUUCCCAUAAAACCUCUUUGGGGAAAAAGCACUAUCCCGGAUCGCAACUCUCCGUAAUGCCUUCAUAAACAAGUGGAAAGGCGGAAAUGACUUUGUCAGGUACACGUGAGCUAGGGGAAGUAUUGACACGAUUUAAUCUAUUUUUUGCUCUAAGGUACAUAACUACCACAAGAUUUGAUUUCUAUUAAGAUAUAGCUCAGAUUGACCAAUAUGUUGGUAUAAAGUAAGCUAAAAGUUGCAAAUUCUUAAGUUAGGUAAUUUUUGACACGGGUGUCGAGCCUCUACAGGUAUACCUAAUAUAAUUUUAAAAUUUCCGGUUGGUUAUCUAUAAAUCGGUCCACGAUUUACUCAAGUUCUCAUAUAUGACUGAAUAUGUUUUCUUAACCAUAGUGGGGUUUAGCCCUGAAUAUGAAGAAAAUCGGAGUUUUUGGUAAUUACCAUAUAUGUGACCUCCAACAGCACUGAUAUCACGAAUAUAAGGAUUUGUGCUUUAGGUUGUCUCUAGUUUUGUAGAGAAACCGGGUUAAAUGUCUAGCAAAAAUUAUUCAAGAUGGAUCCUCCAAGAGACAAAUGGAACUUCAUUUUGCUCAUUUUCGUAGUACAUGGAAUUGGAACUUUAAUGCCGUGGAACAUGUUUAUAACAGCGAAAGAAUACUUUGUCAACUAUAAGCUGGGAAAUUCAACAAAUUCAUCGGCAUAUGCUUCGAAUUUUUUGCAGUACCAUAACUUUGCAGCACAAAUUCCUAACGUGGUAUUUAAUUGGUUGAACAUUUUUGUUAAUUUAGGAGGCGAUUUAACUACACGCAUCGUUUUCAGCAUUGUGUUAGAAUUAGUCUUAUUCAUACUAACAGUGAUUUUAGCUAUGGUCGACUCGUCAAAUUGGCCCGGAAUCUUUUUUUGGACUACUAUGAUCACAGUUGUUCUGCUAAAUAUGGCUGGAGGUAUUUAUCAAAAUACUAUAUAUGGAAUGGUUGCUACACACCCGGUUAAAUAUACUGGUGCGGUUGUAUUAGGAUCCAAUAUAUGUGGAUUAUUCGUUUCUAUACUAAGUAUAGCAAGUAAUUCCAUAUUUUCAUCAAAACGGACCGCAGCGAUUUAUUAUUUUAUCACAGCUAUGGUGGUUCUACUUGCUUGUUUUGAUACAUUUUUUGCAUUGCCGUUAAAUAAAUUUUACCGAUAUAAUCAGCUUUCGAGAAAACCAGAAAAGGAAUCAGAUGAUACUAAGGUGUCCGUUAUACCAUAUUGGUUAAUUUUUAAAAAAACGUCCUUACAACUCUACAAUGUGUUUUUCACAUUCUUCGUCACAUUAUCGAUAUUUCCUUCCGUACACUCAGACAUAAAGUUAUCGCCGUCGUCAAACUUCAUAAUACAGUCACCGGAUCUGUUCACUUCUGUGACCUGUUUCUUGACCUUCAAUCUCUUUGCAAUGCUAGGGAGUUUGACAACAUCUUGGAUGCAAUGGCCCGGUCCUAAAUAUUUGGCAAUACCUGUUACAUUACGACUUGUUUUCAUACCGAUAUUUCUAUAUUGCAACUACCAUCCUCUUAAUGUAACUAGAACACUACCGGUCUUCAUAAAAAAUGAAUGGGUAUACUGGUUUAUUGCUAGUUUGAUGUCAUGGAGUUCAGGAUAUUGCAG